AUGGUGGACAUAACGACUGCUACUUCAGAACUACAAUAUCAAAAUACUAGUCAAUUAUCGACAAAUUUAUCGAUCGAGAAUACGAGAAAACCACUUGUGUGUGGUUCAGACAAACAAGAAAUCAAUUCGAGCGGUCUCUUCGAUUUCAUUAUUUAUGGUAUACUAGUAAAUUUGAUCGGAAUUUUUGGAAUAUUUGGCAACGCAAUCUCGAUGAUCAUUCUUUCGAGGCCGCAAAUGAAAUCAUCGAUUAAUUAUUUACUAAUUGGUCUAGCCAGAUGCGACACUAUGUUAAUUAUCAUUUCGAUAUUGAUUUAUGGCUUAAUCGCAAUUUACACAUACACUGGCCUGCUGUUCGACUAUAGGUUCAUCGUCUACCCGAAGAUAGUCCGAUUCUUAUAUCCACUAUCAUGUAUGGCACAUAUAGCAACAGUAUAUUUGACCCUGACUGUAACACUUGAGAGGUAUAUCGCAGUAUGUCAUCCCUUACAAGCUAGAUCUUUUUGUACAUAUGGACGAGCUCGAUUAGCUGUGGCGAUUAUUUUGAUAUUUUCCUUUUUUUACAAUUUACCAAAAUUUUGGGAAGUAGAAUACUACCCAGAAACUCACUGGAAAUAUAAUAUUACCAUAUAUUGCGUGUAUCCAGCUGAUUUAAGAAGCAACAAUUUAUAUGUCACACUUUACGUCCACUGGAUGUAUUUCUUUAUUUGUUACCUUUUUCCUUUCCUUGCUUUAGUGAUCUUCAAUGUAGCUAUUUAUCGAAGGGUGAGAAAAGCGAACAGAGAUUUGCAACAACUUUCACGACAUCAGAGACGCGAAAUUGGAUUGGCAACGAUGUUACUUUGUGUAGUGAUAGUUUUCCUAAUUUGCAACAUCCUACCGCUUGCCUCAAAUAUUCACGAGACUUUUCUCAACGAUCCGCCACUUUGGCUGGUACAGACAGGCAAUCUUCUUGUGACAAUUAAUAGUAGUAUCAAUUUCAUUAUCUACGUGAUCUUCGGUAGAAAAUUCAAGAGGAUAUUCCUAAAGUUAUUUUGCAGUUCAAAACUAUUCGGACCUGGAAGAGAUAGUCCAGAAUUCCAUUAUGACGAAUCAAUCGUCACUAAUAUGACCAAUAUAGAAUUAAGAAACUCUAUCAGACAUUAUCACCUUAACAGAUCGAGUACUAUCAAUAGAAAUAACAAUAUUUCAAAUGGUAGUACACGACAGAGUGUCAAAAUGUCGGGAAGACCUGCCAGUCCAGGACCUUGUAUUUAUUAUCCUGCAAGAAGUCCUAGUCAGAUGUCCAGAACAUCGAACACGCAAAAUGGAUGGAAUAAAAAAGAUGUGGAUUCUACGCUAUAA